AUGGCCAGCAAACAUCACAUAGAAUCGUCUUCCAGGAUACCGGCAUCUGAGUAUACGAAAGAUCUCCGGAUUUGUGUAUGUGGGGAGCCUUUUAGGUUGAACUCGGGAGUUAUGGCUUUGAGAUCUGCUAAACUAGAUAAGCUGCUCAAGGAGAAUCAUGUAGAAGAAGUUCCUCGUUUACUCAGAGACAUCCCUGCUGACCCCAAGACAUUCGAGCUUGUUGCAAGAUUCUGCUAUGGUUAUGAAAUCAGUAUCACAGCUGAAAAUGUCAUCCAUGUCUGUUGCGUUGCAAAUUACCUUGAAAUGACAGAGUCCCACAGCUUGAACAAUCUUUUGGUAAAGGCUUUUACUUUCUUCAAGAAGGAUGUCAUUCCUUUCUGGAACAGCUCCGUGAGAGCCCUCAAGAGCGCGGAAAAUGUUCUGCAACAAGUACUGCAUCUUGGCCUGGUUGAUGCAUUGAUUGAAUCUAUUAUUGAAAAGGUGCUAGCUGAUCCAUGCUUGCUUGGAAAACCAAUCAAAUCUCUGACAUUCGGCGGUGAUGGAGAGAGGGAUGAGGACCUGUACAGACCUAGUGCAAGGAGGCGGCUUUUUGGUUCUAAUUUGAUAUCAGAAGAUUUGGCAACACUGUCUGUGCAGCUCUAUGAGCCGAUAAUUCAGGAGAUGACUCUUCACCAAGUCCCUUCAGAGUAUGUGGUUGCAUCUCUCUGUCAGUAUGUUGAAAAUUGGGUCUCUGCCACUUCACGAGUGGACGAUGACAAGUCAUUUAGCAAGAAGAUGUCUCAGAGGGAAGCCAUAGAAGCAGUGCAGAGACUAUUACCACAUGAAUGCAGACUGCUUCCAUGUAAUAUAUUGUUUGAAAUGUUCCAAUUCGCCAUAGCUUUAGAAGCUACCACAGAAUGUAGAAAUGGAUUCGAGGUCAGAAUCGGAAAGCAGCUAGAUCAGGCAACUGUCAAGGAUUUGCUAAUACCUAGUUUUGGGUACGCUAGAGAACAAGAGUAUGAUACAGAUUGCAUAAGACGGAUUCUGAAACAUUUCUAUAGUAAUCUCUCUAGUCCUCACAAUUCUUCAAUGUUAAAGGUAGCUGAACUUGUCGAACAGUAUUUAGCAGAAGUGGCUAGUGAUGUUAAUCUUAAGAAAAGUACGUUUAUGUCGCUUGCAGAAAUGGCCUUUGCAGCAUCAGUAGAAACACAGAGACUUUCAGAUGGUUUAUACAGGGCAAUAAGUAUAUACUUAGACCACCACACAUAUUUAACAGAGUAUGAAAAAGAAGACGUAUGCAAGCUGCUAGAUUGCAGCAAGAUGUCUCCUGAAGCCUGUGAGCACGCCGCAACAAAUAAGCGACUGCCUCUAAGAAUAGUGGUCAAUGUGUUGUUUGUGCAUCAGUUACACCUGAGAGAGACCAUUGUGAAAGAGGUGAAUAGUCCGGAUGAAGGAUUACUAAAGCCAAUUGAGGAAGAAAUUUGGAAGGGUGAUGGUGCUAGUAAGGACAGAGCAAUGGUGGAGAUGGAGAGGAUGAACUGCAAAGUGAGAGAGUUGGAGAAAGAAUGUUCAGCAAUGAAGGAAGAAAUUUGGGGUGUUUUUGAUAGCAGGGUGAAAAGGGAGAAAGGUGGGGUGUGGAGAGAAAUGAAGAGGAAGUUCAGGUUUACUGCGAAUAAUAAUGAGGAUUAA